AUGGCAUCCAUCAGCACAUCGCGACAGUCGUCCAUGACGGACGCCAAAGUCGACAACAGCGGUAUCGACUCAGGAUACACCUCUGGCCAGUCCGACUACUCGCCCUCAUCAUCGACGGCCAACCUGCCCCUCAUGUCUCUCACCAAAGCACACAUCUCGCAUCUCAACGACCAGCUGGAGCACAUGCACCCCAUGGACAUUCUCCGCUUCUGCAAGAUCAUGUUCCCCAACCUCUACCAGUCCACGGCCUUUGGUCUCACCGGCCUCGCCACCAUGGACAUGCUCUCCAAGAUCCAGGAGGAGAACCCAGAGUCCCGCACCGUGGACCUCAUCUUCCUCGAUACGCUCUACCACUUCCAGGAGACGUACGACCUGAUCGACAAGGUCAAGGCGCGGUACCCCAACGUGCCCGUGCACAUCUUCAAGCCCGAUGGCGUCAACACGGCACAGGAGCUCGAGAAUACGUACGGCCCCGAGCUAUACAACACCUCGUCGGAGCUCUACGACUGGAUCGUCAAGGUCGAGCCGCUGCAGCGUGCUUACGACGAGCUCAAGGUCGCUGCCGUCCUCAACGGCCGUCGACGCUCUCAGGGUGCCGCCCGCGGAUCGAUCCCCAUCAUCGAGCUUGACGAGGAGCGCAACAUUGUCAAGAUCAACCCCAUGGCUGCCUGGUCCUUCAACCAGGUCAACGACUACAUCAAGGAGAACAACGUCCCCUACAACGCUCUCCUCGACCAGGGGUACAAAAGCGUCGGUGACUGGCACUCGACCGUGCCCGUUGCCGAGGGGGAGGAUGAGCGUGCCGGACGCUGGAAGGGACAGCAGAAGACCGAGUGCGGCAUUCACAACAAAAAGUCGAGAUACGCGGCAUUGGAGGGCAAGGUGGUCCAGCCGGUAGCCUAG